AUGUUAAAUCCUGCAUUUCACUUUCGAAUUCUCGAAGAUUUCCAAGAAAUCUUUUAUAGAAAGUCGGAAACUUUAAUUCAGAAGUUAGAAAAUAAACAUGAAUCUGAGGUGUUUGAUAUAAUUCAAUUAACUUCACGUUGCACUCUGGAUGUAAUUGCGGAGUCGGCGAUGGGGAUUCAUAUAAACGCUCAUGAUAAUUGCAACACCGAAUAUGUACAAGCCGUCGAACACUUUACAUCAAAUUUUGCUGAUUUUCUUAUGCAACCUUGGAUUUGGUUUCGUCCUUUCUCUUACUUCAACCCAUUGAUAGAAACCAACAAAAAGUAUAGAAGAAUAGUUCAUCAACUCCACUUAAAGGUAAUCAAAGAAAGAACAGAAUUAAUCAAACGAAAUCAACACAUGGAUGAUUUUCAAGGAGAGGAAAAGACUUUAGGAAUAAAGAAGAAGCGAGCUUUUCUGGAUUUGCUUCUGUUUCAUCACCUGACGGAUGGAACUCUCUCUGAAAAAGAUGUCAAAGAGGAAGUCGACACAUUUAUGAUUGCUGGAUUCCAUACCGUAACCGUGGGUAUCGGCUGGACUUUAUAUCUUUUAGGAUUGCAUCAAGACAUUCAAGAAAAGGUGUUUGAGGAAUUGAAAGNUUUGUAUUUAUAA